AUGACCACCCCAAUGACCGAGAUGUCCUACUUUGCGGUAGUACCAAAAGAGCUGUAUGAUCCGUCUGUCUUGAGUUCGAUAUCCACAACGAAUCCGGUGGCCGGUCCAUCAUUGCCCAAGCUGGCACAACAACUACCCCAUCGAUACCUAAAGCUACCUCAUCCUCGAACCGGUGCCCCUAGUCUAUACCUCGUACAAGAUGAGGAAGGAAAGAUUUUGGAGGUACAAGCUAUCAAUCCCGAACGAAAACGAAGCUGGUUCUACGGCGAUCAGAUUAUCAGCGAUGGCUCUCUCCUCUUGAUGACUCCCAUCAACCCAAGAUACCUGUUGAUACCCCUCCUAAUCGCCUAUGCUACCACACCAUCAUCGUCAUCUGCAUCAUCAUCCUUACGAACAAUAGCCAGGAUAACGUUGUCUCACGCGCUCAGAGAUGAGCGUUCCGACAACUUUUUACCCAUGGACGAUCUUGUCGACUCGCUUUCAAGGCUACCUGUUGGGAAUGAGGAUAACGAUGAUAUCGAAUUCGAGGAAGAUGGGGAUGUAGCAAAGUUUCUGGGGCUUCCGAUAGUAAGGCAGGCCUUGUUGAGCCUUCUCGAGACGAAGUCAAUCGCUUCGGAGACUUACUACCGUCCGAACCUUGAUGGAAUCGUCACUUGGCUUCGCCAGAGACUAUCCCUUCUCAUCGAGGGCGAGACUUUCGACCAACAACCGAGCUUGAAACGAGGGCUUGUCAGCCUAGGUCUCGGACCGCUCCUACAUGAUCUGUCGGUAUCGGACCGACAACUGCAAGAACAGGGCGGAGAGGUUGAAGUCAAGGUCAAGGUCAGGAGGGAAGAGGACGAGCAGGUACUUAGGUUAGCUCGGGUCAGGCUCGCGAGCGACGUGCUGGGCCAGUAUCUCGAGCCGGGAACCAAGGAGGCGGUUGUGGAGAGCUACGACUUCGGACCAUUAGAUAGAUACCUCGAGACGCAAGACUCUCUCCUAUAUGCUGCCACCCGACCGAACAAUCAAUCACAGGAAGCGUUCUGGGAUGAGGGGCCUGCAGGAGCGGGCGGGGCCAAGAAGAAGGAGACGGGUUUGAAGCGGAAGACGAGCGAGAAAGGGAGUAGGGCGCAAGAGUCCUUGAAGAAGGUGAACACGUCGAAGAUGCCAAAACUGACUUCGUUCUUUCGCAAGAAGACUGAUUGA